GAACAAAAUUAAUUGGGUAAGGAGAAGAAUAGUCCCCUGCAAAACAUAUCAUCGCCGGCAUCGUCUUCAAUUUCACUUUGCAGCAAUCAUAUGAUCUCUCCAAAACCCUAAUUCAUCUUUGUCUUCGUCGAUCAAUUGUUCGUUCCUCGCUCUACCAUCUCAUCUGUCGAUAUCACGAAUGCUUAUUUUUGCUCGCCAAUCGGAUUCUUCAGCAGUCUAAACCCUAGUUUCUUCGCCUUCUAGGGUUUCGAAAAGGGGAGUAGAAGAUAUACAAGAGUUGGUAAAAGAUGUCCCUUCCGCUACUGGAGUGUAAGUACGUGACGGAGGAGUUUGUUCGCGAAGCGAAGAAUGGCAACUACGGUUUCAAGCUACCGAGCUCCGUACCGAUGCUUCGUUUCCUCUAUGAGCUCUGUUGGAUUUUGGUUCGUGGCGAGUUGCCGAUUCAGAGCUGUAAGGCAGUGUUGGAGAGGGUGAAUUUUUUGGAUAACCCAUCGAAAGAAGAGCUAGCUUCCUGUUUUGCGGAUGUGGUGACUCAGAUAGCUCAAGACCUAACCAUGUCGGGGGAUCACCGUUCUCGCCUAACAAAAUUGGCGAAAUGGCUUGUGGAAUCACAGACAGUCCCUCAAAGACUAUUCCAAGAGCGUUGCGAGGAGGAGUUUCUAUGGGAAGCUGAAAUGGUUAAAAUUAAAGCCCAAGAUUUGAAGGGAAAAGAGGUGCGGUUAAACACUCGUCUUCUGUACCAGCAGACAAAAUUCAACUUACUCCGUGAAGAAAGCGAGGGAUAUGCCAAAUUGGUCACCCUUUUAUGCCGAGGAUCUUCAAGUUCUUCGCAUAAUGCAUCAGCAGCAACUAUGGGAAUUAUCAAGUCAUUAAUUGGGCAUUUUGACCUGGAUCCGAACCGUGUUUUCGACAUUGUUUUGGAUUGCUUUGAACUUGAACAAGAUUACGACACAUUUCUGAAUCUAAUUCCUAUCUUUCCCAAGUCUCAUGCUUCACAAAUUCUUGGAUUUAAGUUUCAAUACUAUCAGAGACUGGAGGUGAAUAGCCCUGUUCCAUCUGGGCUCUAUAAGCUUACAGCCUUGCUAGUAAAGGAGGAGUUUAUCAAUCUUGAAAGCAUAUAUGCACAUCUGCUACCUAAGGACGAAGAAGUUUUUGAGGAUUAUAAUGCUUCUUCUGCAAAGCGAUUCGAAGAGGCCAAUAAAAUUGGAAAGAUAAAUCUUGCUGCUACGGGGAAGGAUUAUUUGGAAGAUGAGAAGCAAGGAGAUGUCACAGUAGACCUCUUUGCUGCUUUAGACAUGGAAACUGAAGCUGUUACUGAGCGAUUACCAGAGCUUGAAAAUAAUCAGACUCUGGGCCUCCUUAAUGGUUUUCUCUCUGUGGACGACUGGUUUCAUGCAAAUAUCUUGUUCGAGCGUCUUGCGCCUCUUAAUCCGGUGGCUCACAAUCAUAUUUGUGGUGGCUUGUUUAGGCUAAUAGAGAAGUCAAUCACUCAUGCUUAUCGCAUUGCCUGUCAGACACGUUUUCGAAAUUUUUCUCGUGCGGGUACAGAAAAGAUUACACACGCUGCUAAUACAAUAGCCAAUACGACUUCUCUAGAUCUUCCGAAAGAGGUGUUUCAGAUGCUUGUUACAGUUGGGCCCUACUUGUACCGUAAUACACAACUGUUGCAGAAGAUUUGUAGAGUAUUAAGGGUUUACUACUUGUCGGCCUUAGAUCUUGUUCGCAGUAGCGAUGGAUCGUCAAGUCAAGAAGGUAGUGCUUAUGAAAACUCUCGUGUGCACCUGAAGGAAGUUAGGUUGAGGGUGGAAGAAGCUCUAGGAACAUGCCUUCUGCCAUCGUUACAAUUAAUACCUGCUAAUCCAGCAGUUGGUAAUGAGAUUUGGGAAGUGAUGAGUCUCCUUCCAUAUGAGGCUCGUUAUCGCUUAUAUGGUGAGUGGGAAAAAGAUGAUGAGCGGAAUCCUUUGCUGUUGGCAGCAAGGCAAGUGGCAAAGUUGGACACUAGAAGGAUUCUGAAACGGCUUGCAAAAGAAAAUUUGAAGCCAUUAGGAAGGAUGGUUGCAAAACUAGCUCAUGCCAAUCCUAUGACGGUGCUCCGGACAAUUGUAAAUCAGAUUGAAGCAUACAGAGAUAUGAUUCCUCCUGUUGUAGAUGCUUUCAAGUACUUGACACAGGUUAGUGAAGCCGUGUGUAAGAAGUACCCAUCAAUGGAGUUGAGGGGUCUUUUCCAGUAUCUCGUGAACCAGUUAAAGAGGGGCCAAGGGAUUGAGCUUGUUCUUCUCCAGGAACUGAUCCAGCAGAUGGCAAACGUGCAAUACACUGAGAACCUUACUGAAGAUCAGUUGGAUGCCAUGGCAGGAAGUGAGACUUUACGUUAUCACGCAACAUCCUUUGGCAUGACACGGAACAACAAGGCACUUACCAAAUCAUCCAACCGUCUACGAGAUUCGUUGCUUCCAAAUGAUGAUCCAAAGAUAGCUAUCCCUCUUUUGUUACUUAUCGCCCAGCACCGUUCUCUAGUUGUGGUAAAUGCGGAUGCACCAUAUAUUAAGAUGGUAACUGAACAGUUCGACAGAUGUCAUGGAAUUCUCCUCCAAUACGUGGACUUCCUUUCUAGUGCUGUUAGUCCUGCUGCUGCUUACGCUCUGCUGGUACCUUCGCUUGAUGAGCUUGUGCACACAUACCAUCUUGAGCCAGAGGUCGCUUUUUUGGUAUUUCGCCCUGUGAUGAGGCUCUUCAAGUGUCGACGGAAUGGUGAUGUUUCAUGGCCUUUGGAUUGUGGAGAAUCUAUGGAUGCAGAUUCUGAUUUAUCAGAAUCUGAGAGUUCCAUGAUUCUCGAUCGCGGCGCAUCUAAAAAAGCUAUAACGUGGUCCGAUGUUCUUGAUACAGUAAGAACAAUGCUGCCCUCGAAAGCUUGGAAUAGUCUGUCGCCAGACCUCUAUGCUACUUUUUGGGGGCUUACCCUGUAUGAUCUCCACGUUCCCAGAAAUCGUUAUGAGUCUGAGAUAUCUAAACAGCAUGCUGCCCUUAAAACACUUGAAGAGGUUGCUGAUAAUUCUAGCUCAGCAAUAACGAAGAGAAAAAAAGAGAAGGAAAGGAUUCAAGAAUCUCUUGAUCGUCUUACCAGUGAACUAAAAAAGCAUGAAGAACAUGUUGCUUCUGUCCGUCGAAGGCUGUCACGUGAAAAGGAUAAAUGGUUGAGCUCCUGUCCUGAUACUUUGAAGAUCAAUAUGGAGUUCCUGCAGCGUUGUAUUUUCCCUCGUUGCACAUUUAGCAUGGCAGAUUCUGUGUACUGUGCUAUGUUUGUACAUAUGCUCCACUCUCUCGGAACACCAUUUUUUAACACAGUCAACCAUAUCGAUGUACUGAUAUGUAAAACGCUACAACCAAUGAUAUGCUGCUGCACUGAAUCCGAAGUUGGAAGACUUGGGAGGUUUUUGUUUGAGACCUUAAAGAUUGCAUACCACUGGAAGAGUGCAGAGUCAGUCUAUGAACAUGAGUGCGGAAACAUGCCAGGGUUUGCUGUUUAUUACAGAUACCCGAACAGCCAGCGUGUCACAUUUGGACAAUUUGUGAAGGUACAUUGGAAAUGGAGUGGAAGAAUCACACGGCUUUUGAUCCAGUGUCUGGAGUCAAAUGAGUACAUGGAGAUUCGUAAUGCCCUAAUUAUGUUAACAAGAAUAUCUGGCGUUUUCCCAGUUACUCGGAAGACUGGAUAUAACCUCGAGAAACGGGUAGCCAAGAUUAAAAAUGAUGAGCGAGAGGACCUUAAGGUCUUGGCAACUGGUGUUGCCGCUGCUCUGGCUGCAAGAAAACCAUCAUGGGUUACAGACGAAGAAUUUAGCAUGGGCUUCCUUGAACUAAAGGCUCCACCAGUAAAUACUCCAAAACUUGCUCCUUCCCAGAAUGGCUUGGUAGGUGGUGUCUCCCAAGGUGAACUAACGGGGGGAAGAUCUACUAUUAAUCAGCAGCCUGAAUCUGGCGGCAAGGACCAGUUGUCAAAAAGUAAACCACCAGAUGGAAGAACGGAAAAUAUACCUUCAAAAACUGAUCAGGGACAUCCAAAAUCAAAGGGAGGCAAUCCAUCAGAUGCCCAACCAUCCAUGUCUAAGAAGUCAAUGGAGCAAAAGGAAACAGAUGAAUCACCCAGAAUAUCUGAUGAGAAUCAUGUCAAAGCUGCUUUGAAGUAUUCUGAGGCCGAGGUAAAACCUUCCUCUAAACGGGGUGCUUCGACUUCAUCAAUGAACAAAUCAACAAAACAAGAUUCUGGAAAAGAUGAUGGAAAAUCCGGUAAAGCUAUUGGUAGAACAUCCACAGCUGACAAAGAUCUUAUUUAUCUGGAGAGCAGGCAAGCAGGUUCGACCAAAGCUUCUUCCAGCACAGCAGCCAAUGGUAGCUUACCUGCUGGUUCGUCCAAAGUGAAAGAUGAUGGUGCUGAAGCUUUAGAUACACAAAAGCAAUCUUCUCGGACUGUUCAUUCCCCUAGGCAUGAAAUUAACACUUCUGUGAGAUCGAGUGAUAGGUUACAAAAGCGAGCUAAUGCUGUUGAAGAUAGUGACAGAAUAAGUAAACGCCGUAAAGGAGAUGCUGAGCACAAAGAGCAUGACAGUGAGGCUCGACCGAGUGAUCGAGACAGAUCAGCAGAGGCCCGGGUGGAUUUAAACAAAACAUCCACUGAUGACCAAAGCACCCAUAGGGAUAAAGGUAAUGAAAGACAGGACCGAGACCACAGGGAUAGAGUGGAGCGUUCUGAUAAACCUCGCGGAGAUGAUGUGGAGAAAGUACGAGACAAAUCCUUGGAACGCCAUGGUAGAGAGCGCUCAGUUGAGAAGAGUCUAGAUAAAGGAACGACUAGGAGUUACGAUAGAAACAAGGAUGAAAGAAACAAAGAUGAUAGAAACAAACCGCGUCAUGGUGAGGCGUCACUUGAGAAAUCUCAUUCUGAUGAUCAUUUUCAUUCCCAAGGUUUACCCCCACCUCCACCUUUACCUCCUAACAUCGUUCCACAAUCUAUGGCCUCGAAAGAAGAACCCGAAAGAAGGGGUGGGAGUACAAGGCAUUCUCAGAGGCUUUCCCCGAGGCAUGAAGAAAGAGAGAGACGACGCUCUGAGGAGAAUUCAUUAGUUUCUGUAGAUGAUGCAAAACGCAGAAGAGAUGACGAUUUUCGUGACCGAAAGCGAGAUGACCGAGAAUCAAUCACUGUGAAGGGAGAAGAAAGAGAAAGGGAAAGGGAAAGGGAAAGAGAGAGGGAAAGAGAAAAAAGUAUCCCUUUGAAAGAUGAUUUUGAAGCUUCCAAGAGAAGGAAGGUUAAGAGGGAUCAACAGGUCGCAUCUGCAGAGCCAGGGGAGUACUCUCCAAUGCCACAUCAGUCAUCUUUAUCAAUCGGGAUGGGACCAUCAUCGUACGAAGGCAGAGAGCGGAAGAGCAGUAGCAUGGUUCAACAUGGAGGUUAUCUUGAAGAGCCAAGCAUGAGACUUCUUGGUAAAGAAGCUUCCAGCAAGAUGGCUCGUCGUGAUCCUGACCCUAUGUAUGACCGUGAGUGGGAAGACGACAAGAGGCAGAGAGCAGAACGGAAGCGGAGAGAUCGAAAGUAGACUGAUGAUGAUUCGCGGCAUUCGGUUAAGGGCUUCGGUUCGGUUUCACGGUUUGGGUGUUUUGGCUCGAUUCAGUUUUAAAAUAUUAAGUCCCAUUCAAGAUUAAAUUCAAUUUCGGUUCGAUUCGGUUUGGUUUUUGUUUUCGGGUUUUACAAAUGAUAACUGACUUAGAAUAUUUUCUGUAACUUCAAAAUAUUUUGGAUAAUACGGUUAAUUUUCAAUACAAUAAAGUGUUUGAUAGAUAACCAACCAGAAAGAACAAAGAAAGAAAAAAAAA